AUGGCUUUGAGGCUUUUGAUAUCGCAGGUUGCAAGACGACAAUCCAAAUUUAGACAGAUUCAAAGUGUGUUUGCUACAAGCUAUUCUUCUGUCAAUAAGUUUGGAGAUCGUGCAGGGAAUAGGCUUUUGGGUGCCCAAGAGAGAUUUCAGUCUAGCUACCUUGGCAGUAUUGCUCGUCGAGCACGUGAUGCAGAUGAAGCCGCUGAAGUUGCUUAUCUCAAAGAACUUUUCCAUCAGAAUGAUCCUGAGGCUGUGAUUAGAGUAUUUGAAAGUCAACCAUCUCUGCAUAAUAGUCCCUCAGCUCUUUCUGAAUACGUAAAAGCAUUGGUGAAAGUUGAUAGGCUUGAUGAAAGUGAAUUACUGAAGACAUUAAGGAGAGGCAUGUCUAAUUCAGUGAGUGAGGAAGAAACUGUAGCUGGUCUUUCUGCUUUAAGAAAUCUAGGAAAGUCGACUAAAGACAACACUAUUGGCACUGCUAGUAAUCCAAUCCAUAUGGUGGCUAGAGAAGGUGCGAGUAUAAAAGAUCAGCUAUGGCGUACACUAAGGUCCAUUGUAGUGGUGUUUUUCUUGGUUUCUGGUGUAGGAGCACUCGCUGAAGAUAAAGGAAUUAGUAAAGGACUUGGUAUAAAUGAAGAAGUGCAACCCAGCAUAGAAUCAAGCACAAAGUUUAGUGAUGUAAAAGGUGUUGAUGAGGCAAAGGAUGAGCUGGAAGAAAUUGUUCAGUACCUUCGAGAUCCUAAGCGCUUUACUCGUCUUGGUGGUAAGCUUCCAAAAGGAGUUUUGCUAAUUGGUCCACCUGGUACAGGAAAAACAAUGUUGGCUAGAGCUAUUGCUGGUGAAGCUGGAGUUCCAUUCUUCUCCUGCAGUGGAAGUGAAUUUGAAGAGAUGUAUGUUGGCGUUGGUGCCCGAAGGAUGAGGGAUCUUUUUUCUGCUGCAAGGAAGCGAGCACCUUCUAUAAUAUUCAUUGAUGAGAUAGAUGCUAUUGGAGGAAGACGACAUGCAAAGGACCAAAUGCACAUGAGGAUGACAUUAAAUCAGUUACUGGUUGAGCUAGAUGGAUUUAAGCAAAAUGAGGGCAUAAUUGUGAUUAGUGCUACUAAUUUUCCAAAAUCAUUGGAUAAGGCGUUGGUGAGACCUGGGCGGUUUGACCGCCAUGUUAUUGUUCCCUAUCCGGAUGUAAAAGGAAGACAGCAGAUUUUAGAAUCACACAUGUCAAAGGUUUUGAAGGCUGAUGAUGUUGAUCUAAUGAUUCUUGCUCGAGCAACACCUGGUUUCUCUGGUGCUGACCUUGCAAACGUGGUUAACAUGGCUGCUAUCAAGGCAGCUAUUGAUGGUGCUAAAGCUGUUACCAUGGCCGAUAUAGAGCAUGCAAUAGACAAGGUUCUGAUGGGAAGUGAACGCAAGUCAGCUCUCAUAUCUGAGGAGUCACGAAAGAGGACUGCUUUCCAUGAGGGUGGUCAUGCCCUUGUUGCCAUUCACACUGAUGGGGCCAAUCCUGUUCAUAAGGCAACUAUUGUUCCCCGUGGUUCAGCUCUCGGCAUGGUUACUCAGUUACCCGAUAAGGAUGAGACCAGCAUUUCCCGUAAACAGAUGCUUGCCCGGCUCGAUGUUUGCAUGGGAGGCCGGGUUGCCGAAGAGCUAAUUUUUGGAGAAAAUGAGGUCAGUUCUGGUGCAUCCUCAGAUAUCAGCCAAGCAACUAAGUUAGCAAGGCAAAUGGUUACCAAAUAUGGCAUGGGCAAUGAAGUUGGACUAGUUUCUCAUGAUUACAAAGAUGAUGGGAGGAGCAUGAGCUCAGAGACAAGGCUUCUCAUUGAGAAAGAGGUGAAGCAAUACCUGGAUAGGGCUUACAUCAAUGCAAAAGCCAUUCUGACCACUCACAACAAGGAGCUUAAUGCACUUGCAAAUGCUCUUUUGGAGCACGAGACCCUCACAGGAACUCAGAUAAAGACAUUGCUUACCCAAGUUAGAUCUCAGAUACAGCAGCCGCAGCCACAAACAGUUGAAUCUCAGAGCAGUUCACAACUAAGCACGGUGCCUCCAUCAUCCAGCAACCCGGCCUCUGCUGCUGCUGCGGCUGCUGCCACAGCCGCAGCUACAGCUACUGCUGCUGCUGCCAAAGCUAAAAGUGCUCCAGUUGGAUCGUAG